AUGUCGAAGCCAUUCAACCCCGAGGAGGCGGAGAAUCUCGAAGAUAUGGAGAAGCAGUUUGCCGUGAAAGCGGUGGAACACCUCAUGACAUACUGGGCUAUCCUUGAGAAGGUCAAGGGCUCUCAGCUGCGUCUGACCAAGCAAGACAACGAAAUCUACGAAUCAUUCAUGAAGGAAUUCCCCGAUUUCGAUCCCGCCGCAACCCUCAUCGAGGACGAAAUGAAGAGCAAGGCCGGCAAGGAGAAAUGGCGCAACUGGAUGAAGCAGUGGGAGAAGAUUGAGGAUUUCAACUUUGGCACAAUCAUCCGGACCCGCGCGGAUGCCGAAUACGACCAGGACACAACCAUUUUCGGUGUGCGGAUGCAGUUCUACGCUGUUGAGAUCGCCAGAAACCGCGCCGGUCUGAACGAUUGGAUUUUUGAAAAGGCUUCCAAGGCCAGUUCUUGA